AUGGGAAGGGGCUUGAUCAAGUACUUUCGCGAGGAGAAAGGUGCGAAGGAGAUUGCGGGCUUGACCGACGAUACGAAUGAAGAGGCGAAGAGGCUCUUCCGCAGACUUGGAUUCCAAAACCAUGGGGUCAGGAAGGUACGUGGUAUUCGGUGGGGUGGUGAAGUAAUCGACGUGGAUCUCUGGACCUUGGGACUAGAGGAUGGGAAGAAACUGGAAGACUUCGGGUUUUGA